AUGGUACUGGCGAUUGAGCUUACAUUCUACCCAUUUUUCGCAUUGAUUUGGGUAUCAAAAUUAUACUGUGGCUCUGUCACAGUUGUUAUCUUGCUAAUCGGGAUGAGGACGGAGCUUCAGAUAUUGUUGCAAUACUAUGGUUGUCUAACGAAUUUCAUGGUUACGCUGCAACCCAUUUACGAAAAGCUCUUUUUCAUCAUCUACUAUCAGUCCCUCGUCGUGGCAGGGACAGUGUCGUACGUGAUCAUAAGGGAAGAGUUUGAUCUGUGCAGUGUUGCCAUCAUACUGUGCACGUCGAUUUCCAUUUUGGAAUGCUACUGGUGGUGCCAUCUGGUGGAUACCUUCAAGGAGCUGAACGAAACCAUUGCUGGAAGCUUGCUCGGCCAGUGCUGCCAGCUACCAUACUCGGCUGAUCGUCACUCGGAAUACCUCCAGAUGCGAAGCACUUUCAUGAUUGUCGCCAAUAUUUCACGCCACAGUGUUGCGUUUAGCUGCUGGGGAGUGUUUGAAAUUUCAACGGCGGUUUUUGCCAAAUUGCUAAACAUUAGUUACUCAGUGCUGAUGUUUCUCAUAAAUGUUUACGAUGGGGGGAACUUGGUGUAA